CUGCCAGAGGAGGCUUUAAAAGGGUGGGGGCCCGAACAACCAACAUCACUCACAUCAGGACCUCCCAAGGACAUCCAAGCAAGCCAAAAUGACUCACCACUGCACUAAGUUCUCCGGCCACUGGAAGAUCAUUGUCUUCGACGAGGAGUGCUUCCAGGGCCGUCGCCACGAGUUCACCUCCGAGUGCUGCAAUGUCAUGGAGUUCGGCUUCGAGACUGUCCGCUCCCUGAGAGUGGAGAGUGGCGCCUGGGUCGGUUACGAGCACGCCUCCUACCAGGGACAGCAGUUUGUCCUGGAGAGGGGCGAGUACCCCCAGUGUGACGCCUUCGGCGGCAGCAACGCCUACCACAUCGAGAGGAUGACCUCCUUCAGGCCCAUUGCCUGCGCUAACCACAGGGAGUGCAGAAUGACCAUCUACGAGCGUGAGAACUUCCUGGCCCGCAAGGGAGAGCUGAGCGACGACUACCCCUCCCUGCAGGCCAUGGGCUGGUGCAACAACGAGGUUGGAUCCCUCAGGGUGCAGUCCGGAGCCUUUGUGUGCUACCAGUAUCCCGGUUACCGUGGAUACCAGUACAUCAUGGAGUGUGAUCGUCACUGCGGGGAGUACAAGCACUUCAGGGAGUUCGGCUCCCACUCCCAGACUCCCCAGAUCCAGUCCAUCCGCCGCAUUCAGCAGUAAACCUCCUCAUGCAACCUUCUUCUCCUCUCCUCCCUGAUGACCCCCCCCCCCCUCCCAAAUGAUACCCCCUCCCCAACUGCUUUCGAAAAACGCUGAAUAAAUUGUCUUUCCAAAACA